AUGGAAAAACACAAGCCUGUAGAUGAACUGUGCGUGGAAGAGCGGAGCGAGGAUGAUCCGUCACUCGAAGGAAUUCAUUCUACCAGCACCGCGAUGAUGAUGGCUGGCUUGACGAUUCAGGAGACGGAGAAGCCACACACAGAAAAGUAUUUAACCGAGCGAGAUCAGUGCCAAAAGAUUGUCAUGGGGUGGACCGAAGCGGAUCAGGUGGAUUUUGUAAAGCUGGUGCUGUCCAACAUGUGUCAUUAUCAGCACGGCCUUAUAAAUUCGUUUUUAAAGCCGAUGCUUCAGCGGGACUUCAUUUCUUUACUACCCGGUAAUUUCAUAACGAACGGUCUUUUGUUCCAUUUUGGUGGUUCUUCGGAGUGUAGACCUUUUCCUUUCCGUGUAAUGUGUACGAAAGGUCUGUCCAGAAUCGCGGAGAACAUACUGUCCUACCUGGAUGCGGUGUCGCUCUGUCGGGCAGAGCUUGUGUGUAGCGAAUGGCGCCGAGUCAUUGCGGACGGUAUGUUGUGGAAGAAGCUCAUCGAACGAAAGGUGUGCUCUGAUUCAUUGUGGAAGGGCUUAGCCGAAAAACGUCAAUGGAUCCGCUUUUUAUUCUACAGAACUCGACCCGGAGAGCUACAGCAUCCAAACGGCUUUUACAGACAGCUUUAUCCGCAGAUUAUUGAAGAUAUUAAAAAUAUUGAAAACAACUGGCGGUGCGGCAGACAUGUACUGCGCCGCAUUAACUGCCGGUCUGAAAACAGUAAAGGUGUUUAUUGCCUACAGUACGACGACAACAAAAUCGUUUCCGGUUUGCGCGACAAUACCAUUAAGAUUUUUGACCGACAAAACCUGAACUGUGUACAAGUGCUCACUGGUCAUACCGGCUCUGUUUUGUGUCUGCAAUAUGACGACAGGGUGAUAAUUAGUGGCUCCAGCGAUUCCACUGUUAGGGUUUGGGAUGUGCACACGGGUGAAAUGCUCACCUCCCUUAUUCAUCAUUGUGAAGCGGUGUUGCAUCUGCGUUUCCAAAAUGGCAUGAUGGUCACGUGUUCUAAGGACCGAAGUAUCGCGGUAUGGGAUAUGGUGAGUCCAACAGAAAUAAACCUUCGUCGCGUUUUGGUGGGUCAUCGCGCUGCUGUAAACGUUGUCGAUUUUGAUGAAAAAUAUAUCGUUUCCGCUUCUGGUGAUCGAACCAUCAAGGUUUGGAGCACUGACACCUGCGAGUUUGUGCGAACUCUGAGUGGUCAUAAACGAGGUAUCGCUUGCCUGCAGUACCGUGACAGAUUAGUUGUGUCAGGCAGUUCAGACAAUAGCAUAAGGCUCUGGGAUAUCGAGUGCGGGAACUGCCUCCGAGUUUUAGAAGGUCACGAAGAGCUUGUGCGUUGUAUACGUUUUGACAAUAAGCGAAUUGUUUCCGGUGCCUAUGAUGGCGGCAUAAAAAUAUGGGACUUGCAGGCUGCUCUCGAUUUGAGAACCCCUCCCGAAGCGUUGUGUCUGAAGACGCUAAAGGAACACACUGGACGAGUUUUCCGUCUACAGUUCGACGAGUUUCAGAUCGUCAGCAGUUCUCAUGACGAUACGAUUCUAAUUUGGGAUUUUCUCAACUACAAGCCAGCGAAUGUUUGCUCUGGGUUGUGA